AUGACCAUCCUGGAACAUUCUUCAACGAUGGCAAGAGAAAAAUUGCUCCACGCUCCCUGGAAGACCCUGAUGUUCUUCGCGGAGGAGCUCGGCCUGAAGGCACCCCUGACUUCGAUAACAUUCUGUGUUUAUUUGCUUAAUUUGUGUAGGUAUCUCAAUAGUGAUCACAGAGAACAGUUCUUCAGCAACAUCGACCGAACCCGUGUCGUGAAUGAAAUCCUCGAGACAACGACCUAUGGCAAGCGGAAGAGAGCAGAGGUCGGAAUCAGUAGACUGAUUGAAGAGGAGAUUUUUGAAGCUGCAUUCCCUCUCCAUGAUGGACCCGAUAAAUACCCUGACCCGGGGGUCAAGAGAGAAGACUGGAACAAGAGACAGAUUCUGAUGAAGUACUGGGCCAGAUGGGGUGCCUGGACCAAGUACCAGCCUAUGGACCAUAUCAGGGAGUACUUUGGAGAGAAGAUUGGUCUCUAUUUUGCUUGGCUAGGUCUAUACACAGGAUGGUUACUACCAGCCUCUAUCGUUGGUGUCAUUGUCUUCAUCUAUGGCCUCAUCACUAUGCCCUUCAAUCCUAUAGCGAAGCAGAUCUGUGAUAGUUCAGACGAUUUCCGCAUGUGUCCCCAGUGCGACGUAGAGAUAGGCUGCACGCAUUGGAACCUGUCAGAAACUUGUUUAGAAGCAGAGAUAUCGAUUCUGUUUGACCAUCCUGGAACUGUAUUCUUCUCCAUAUUCAUGUCAUUCUGGGCGGUAUCAUUCCUGGAGAGUUGGAAGAGGAGCCAAGCUAGUCUUGCUCAUCACUGGGACUGCUGGAACUUUGAAGAAGAGGAGGAGCGUCCUCGACCCCAGUUUGCAGCCCAAGCCCCUGCCAUGGAAGAGAACCCUAUCACGGGCGUCAACGAACCAUACUUUCCUGAAGACAUCAAGAAGAGGAGAUGGUUGACUGGUAUCUUUGUAAUCUUUGGCAUGGUUUCUUUGGUCCUCAUCUUCCUUGUGGGUGUGAUCAUGUACAGAGUCCUGGUCAGCAUACCCCUCUCCCAGAAUGAGCUCUUCCGCUCCAACGCCCAGACCAUUGCCAACAUGACCGGGGCCGUCCUUAACUUGAUCUUGAUCAUGGUCUUGGGCCAGGUCUACCAGAAACUAGCGGUUAUCAUGAAUGAUUGGGAGAUGCAUCGCACUCAGACGGAAUACGAGGACAACCUGACCUUCAAGGUCUUCAUCUUCCAGUUCAUGAACUUCUUCUCAUCCAUCUUCUACAUUGCAUUCUUCAAGGGAAAGUUUCUGGGUUACCCUGGCAAGUACAACACCUUCUUCGGUCUGCGAGAAGAAGCUUGUGGCAGCGGUGGAUGCCUGGUGGAACUAGCCCAGCAACUCUUCAUCAUAAUGGUGGGAAAACAGAUCAUCAACAACUGCCAAGAGGUUGCCAUCCCGAAACUGAAGCAGUUUAUCAUCAGGUGGAAGGUCAAAGGGUCAGCGUUCGGUGGAUCAGAAGGACAGAGUAGCCGGUGGGAAGAAGAUUACCAGCUUGUGCCUAAUGAGGGCCUCUUUGAAGAGUAUCUGGAAAUGAUCAUCCAGUUUGGCUUCAUCACUAUCUUUGUGGCUGCCUUUCCUCUUGCCCCCGUCUUUGCCAUCCUCAACAACUGGCUUGAGAUCAGACUGGAUGCCCAGAAAUUUGUCUGUGAGCUUCGGCGGCCGGUCGCGGAGAGGGCGCAAGACAUCGGGGUGUGGUUCGACAUCCUAGAGAUAAUCGCCCAGUUUGCUGUUAUCACCAACGCCUUUCUGAUCGCGUUCACAUCAGAGUUCUUACCCAAGCUGCUGUACCAGUACCAGUAUAACUUUAGUUUGGAUGGGUAUGUGGACUUCACUCUCUCUCGUGCCCCAGCAAAUGCUUCGGAUGCCCCAUGCAGAUAUAAAGACUUCCGAGAUGAAAACGGGGAGUACACCAUCUUCUACUGGCAGCUCUUAGCAGUCAGACUAGGCUUUGUAAUUCUUUUUGAGCAUUUUGUGUUUGGCAUAUCAAGAUUCAUUGACUUUAUAGUACCAGACAUUCCUGAAGCAUUAGAAAUCAAGAUUAAGAAAGAAGCCUACAUGGGAAAGCAAGCACUUCAAGAAUUCCAGGUAUUUAUAUUCAAAACACUCUUUUUACAUCCACUUUUGAUUUAUGCUCACUGA